AUGGCCCUCGGUGGACGCCUCGACGCUCCCCCGCCCCCGGUGGACCGCGACGGCUCCUCUGGUGCCUUGGGCAGACGGCAGGAGUCCCCCGCUCCCUGCUCCUCCCCUUCACUGGCGGAUGACAGCAGGCUCCGGCCCACGGCAAGCGGUGGUGACUCCUCCUCUCCCUCCCGGAAGGGCCGCCCCUCCAUUCCCAUGCGGUCGGCGGCGAGCUCGGGCGUCCCACCGGCAACUCACCCCAGCGCCCCGCCUCGAGCGUCCAUGGCUGCUCCUCCCCCGCUCCCUGCUCCUCCCCUUCUACGGCGGACGGCAGCAGGCUCCGGUCCGCGGCGGCGACUCGCGCACCAUGCUCGAUGGCACCGCGGAUUCCCCACUGUGGUCCUGCUCACCACAGUAUGGCCGUUCGGGCACACGGUGAAGCAGUAUUCUCCGGACGGGAAGCUCCUGCCGGUUCUGGGUUCCCCCGGGAAAGCCGGAUCUUCUCUCAGUCCGCUGCAGUUCGACCAGCCGGCAGAGAUCUUCAUCCACAGCUCCGGAGAAAUCUACAUCGUGGACGGAGACGGCGGCCUGAACAACCGGCUGAUCAAACUCUCUCCAGAUCUGCAGGUUCUCUGGAUGCACGGAGAGAGAGGUCCAGGACUGGCUCAGUUAUACAUCCCUCACAGUGUGGCGGUCGACGGCUAUCAGAGGGUGUGGGUCGCAGACCGGGGGAACAAGCGUAUCCAGGUGUUUAACUCGGUGACGGGCGACUGGCUCGGGUCGUGGGGAAGCUGCUUUAAAGACGACGCGCCGUACUCCGUCAGAUUCACUCCCGACCAGAAGUACAUAGUGGUGGCCCAGUUAAACACCAAUCAGAUCGCUCUGCUGGAGGCUCCGCCCAUCGGCAUCAUCGGCCAGUGUCAGGUGAUCAGCACCAUUGAGCUGGCUGAAGAUGUGAAACCACACCUGGUGGACCUGGACCUGAAGAGUUCUGACCUGUACGUGGCCGAGAUCGGAGCCGGUCAGGCCCAGCGGUUCGUCCCGCUGAGUGUUUAG